AUGGAUCGCCGAAUUCUUAGUUCCAGUACACUCCUGGGAACUGCUCGUAUUCCGCGAUCUGAUUUCCCCAAGUUUGAAGGAGAGAACCCCAAGUGGUGGAAGAAACAAUGCGAGAAAUAUUUUCGCAUGUACAAUGUCAAGCCUGAGUUAUGGGUCGAUUUUGCGACAAUGCAUUUUGCAGGAAAUGUGGCGUUAUGGCAAACCUAUGAAGCAAUGCACGGCAUUGACAGUUGGGCAGCACUGUGUGUGGCUGUCUAUGCAAAAUUUAACAGGAACAAGUACUCUCGAGACAUCGAUGUGUUUUUCUCUCUGAAACAACAUGAUUCAGUCGACAGCUAUGCCCACACAUUUGAGGAGCAAAUGCACAAAAUGCUGGUGUACAAUCACUCAUAUGAUGAGACCUUCUUCAUCAAUCGGUUUGUGGAAGGGUUGAAACCUGCCAUUCGCGCUCCUGUCAAGUUACAGCAACCUACCUCACUGGAUUUGGCUUAUUCCUUGGCUCAAACACAAGAAGCUCUGCUGGCCGAGGACACAUACAGAUCGAGCAAGCGUUGGCACUCCAAACCUUAUGUGCAUGAAGGACUUAUGGGUGAUGCACCUACUGUCAAAAGUGUUGAUGAGCGUCCCAAACAAACUGACAGAGUGGAUUCUUUACGGGCCCAACGCAGAGCACGGGGUAAGUGUUUCAAGUGCGGAGAAAAGUACAGUCCUGGCCACAAGUGUCCUCAAGCAGUGCAACUGCAUGUCCUGGAAGAACUCAUAGAGGCUCUUCAGAUGUCUGAGAUCCCUGACAGUGAGUCUGAAUCGGAAGUGGACACACCACAGACUACUAGGCCAAAGAAUACUGACACUGAUGCUUGCAUGAAACUAUCGGGCAUGGUGGGGAAAAGACAACUCCUGAUCCUGGUUGAUUCGGGCAGCUCCACAAAUUUCAUCAGUGCAGAUCUAGUACAAGAAUUACACUGUCCAGUGGAGGAAAUUGCUGCAGCCAAAGUCACUGUUGCUAAUGGUGGAACAUUGCAGUGCAACAAACAGGUGCCAAAUCUUCAGUGGUUCUGUCAGAACAACUCCUUCAACACAUCCCUGAAAGUGCUUCCUCUUGGCACAUAUGACAUCAUCUUGGGAAUGCAAUGGCUAGAAACAAUGAGCCCCAUGUGGGUAGACUGGAGGAAAAAAGUAAUGAGGUUUAAGUACCGGGGUGUGAGAAUUACAUUGAGAGGAGUCAGAGACAAGCUCACCUCUUGCACAGCAAUUUCAGGGAAGCACUUACAAGGCUUGCUCAAUACAGGAGCUGUGGAACAAAUUCCCCUGUUACCAGGAGCUAAACCUGUCAACAACAAGCCCUACAGAUACAAUCCUAUGCAGAAGAGUGAAAUUGAGCAGCAGAUCUCUACCAUGCUACAACAAGGAGUCAUUCAAGAGAGCACCAGCCCAUUUGCUUCUCCACACAAGUAUCCUAUGCCUGUAGUUGAAGAGCUCUUGGAUGAAUUAGCAGGAGCAACUUACUUCACUAAACUAGACCUCAGAUCUGGAUACCACCAGAUAAGAUUAGUGGAGGGUGAACAAUAUAAAACAGCAUUCAAAACACAUCAGGGUCUCUAUGAAUUUAAGGUUAUGCCAUUUGGACUUACAAAUAUACCAGCAACCUUUCAAGCUGCAAUGAAUGCACUCUUUGCUCAUUUGUUAAGAAAGUGUGUACUAAUUUUCAUGGAUGACAUCCUCAUAUUCAGUGAGACUUUGGAACAACACCUAGCACACUUGGAAGAGGUGUUCACAAUUCUGCAGAACAACCAGCUCUUUGUGAAAUACUCUAAGUGCACUUUUGCUCAGUCAGAACUAGAAUAUUUGGGUCAUGUCAUCAGUGGCAAGGGAGUUCACACAGACCCUUCCAAGAUCAGAGCUGUUCAGGAGUGGCCAGUACCUCUUACUACAAGAGAUGUCAGAGGAUUCCUUGGACUUACUGGAUAUUACAUGAGAUUAAUUAAAAAUUAUGGGAUCAUUAGCAGGAGUCUAUCUGACCUACUGAAAAAGGAUGUGGUGUUUGCUUGGACACCAACUACUCAGGCUGCCUUUAUGCAUUUGAAAGAAGCUUUGGCCACAGCCCCAGUGUUGGCCCUCCCAAAUUUCAAGAAAGAAUUUAUUGUGGAAACGGAUGCCAGCAACAGUGGCAUUGGUGUUGUGUUGAUGCAAGAAGGCCACCCCAUUUCCUAUCUCAGCAAAGCUCUGGGCCCUAAAUCUCAGGCAUUGUCCACAUAUGAAAAAGAGUGUUUAGCAAUAUUACUGGCUGUGGAAAAAUGGAAAUCAUACUUGUAG